AUGGCUACCAACACGCGUCCUAGAUAUACAGAUCCCCUCUAUCAAACAGCACACGAGGAAGCUUUCUCGAAGCCGCUCUUCGCAGAAAUCAAAACGGUCCUACCGCCCGAUGUGUCUCAUGAGGAUUUCGAUAGUGCUCUGAAUCAAAUCGUAGAGGCUCUAGGAAAAGAUGCCAUCUUCACCGGUCCAAGUCUGAAGGAUUAUGUCGAUCCCUAUGAAAUCCCAGAGUCUGGACAUGAGAGGAGCGUGCCGAGUGCUGCAGUCUGUCCAUCUUCUGUCCCGGAACUCCAAGCCGUAUUGAAAGUCGUAAAUAAGUACAAAAUUCCAGUAUGGACUUUUUCGCGAGGGAAAAACUUGGGAUAUGGCGGCCCCGCACCGCGGGUUGCUGGCUCAAUCGCUCUAGAUCUACAUCGAAUGAACAAGAUCAUAGAAGUAAAUGAUAAAUUCAGCUACGCGGUAGUUGAGCCUGGAGUUACCUUUGGCGACCUGUACGAAUAUUGCGCGAAGCAUAAACUCAAGGUCUGGCCAAGUACAGCGUCGCUUGGAUGGGGCAGUGUCAUUGGAAAUGCUCUUGAUAGGGGUAUGGGAUUCAUCCCUACUGGUGUACAUCACGAAAACGCCGUUGGUAUGGAAGUUGUUCUUGCCAAUGGUGAUAUCGUCCGUACGGGCCAGUGGGCUAUGUCCAAUUCGCCUUCUGCGCAUGUAACGAAAUUGACUUUUGGUCCUACGAUCGACGGGCUCUUUCUACAGAGCAAUCUCGGAAUUGUGACUAAGAUGGGCAUCAACUUGACACCGCAGCCGCAAGCCUAUAUGGCAUGCUCAUUCGAUGUACCCGAAUUCGAACAUAUUGAAACUAUCGUUGAUGUAUUUGGUGAAUUGAGAAGGAACGGCACGUUGCCUUAUAUGGUAUACGUAUUCUAUAUCGCCGAAUGGGCUACUAUGUUCGGAAAGCAUUCGGAAUGGUGGAAAGGCGAGGGUCCGAUCCCUGAUUGGAGAUUGAAGGAAAUGCAGAAAGAUCUUGAUACCGGUAUUUGGACUGUAAAAUUUGGGCUUUACGGACCAACAGAGCUCAUUAAGGCUCAGUUCAAUGAGGUGCAGAGGGUCAUAACGAAGAAAGCCCCUUUCGGUCGUCUCCGUCAAAUUCUGUUCACCGGUGAAAAUGGCGAUCUUCUUGAAGCGACGGCGGUCGAUCCGGUUUAUGGAGGUGUUAGGGUGGGGAUUCCGAGUAUGUGGAACAUACCUAUGGUAAAUUACUAUAAUCGCCGAGAUGAUUCGGUCGGUGCUCAUGGUGCAUACUCGCCUAUUGUACCAUUAGAUGGAAAGAUUGUAUUGGAAUGGGCUAGGACGGCGAAAGGUAUAUGCGCGGAGCAGGGUUUCGACUUCUUGUGCGAUUUCUUCAUGCAUGAGCGAUAUGCGAUAUUCGUUACUAUGCUCUGCUUCGAUAAGACUAGCCCGGAACAGCGAAGUGGCGUCGACAAGAUUUUCAACGGGCUCUUCAAAGAGGGUAGCAAGCGAGGGUUUGCGAAAUAUCGAGCGCAUAUAAACCAUAUGGAUAUGAACGCGGACCUUUUCGACUUUAACAACCACGCUUAUCGCCGUUUUGUUGAGACCCUGAAGGACGCAUUGGAUCCGAAUGGUAUUCUAUCGCCGGGAAAGAUGGGGAUCUGGCCGGCAAGACUAAAGCAAUUGAGGUCGAAGAUCUGA